AUGAGGAGGCAGCUCCGGUCCAGACGGGCUCCAGUCUUUCCUCACAGUUAUCGCUACAGACUUGAUGAUCAGGAUGAAGUGAAUCAGAAUUACUUAGCAGAUGAAGAGGAAGAAGCAGAAGAAGAGGCUCGAGUGAUGGUGGUACACAAUUUGGAAGAAGAGGAGGAGGAAGAUGAGGUGAAAGAAGAGGAGGAAAAGAAUGAGGAAGAGGGUCAGGGUCAGCCAACAAGCAACACCUGGUGGCGGAAAUUGCAGAUCAUGAAUGAGUACCUGUGGGAUCCAGAGAAAAGGAUGUCUCUGGCCCGAACAGGCUUGAUCUUAGUCAUUUACUUCUUCUUCUACGCCUCCCUGGCUGCUGUGAUCACCCUCUGCAUGUACACGCUAUUUCUGACCAUCGGUCCUUACAUGCCAACAUUCACUGAAAGGGUGAAGCCUCCUGGAGUUAUGAUCAGACCCUUCGCCCAUAGCCUUAACUUCAACUUCAACGUUUCUGAACCUGACACUUGGCAGCAUUAUGUGAUUAGCCUAAAUGGCUUUCUCCAGGGUUAUAAUGACAGUCUUCAAGAGGAAAUGAAUAUAGAUUGUCCUCCAGGGCAGUACUUCAUCCAAGAUGGAAAUGAAGAUGAGGACAAGAAGGCCUGCCAAUUUAAGCGCUCCUUCCUGAAGAAUUGCUCUGGCCUGGAAGACCCUACUUUUGGCUACUCUACUGGACAGCCCUGCAUUCUUCUAAAGAUGAACCGGAUUGUAGGUUUUCGCCCUGAGCUUGGAGAUCCUGUGAAAGUUUUCUGCAAAGUUCAGAGAGGUGAUGAAAACGACAUCCGAUCCAUCAAUUACUAUCCAGAGUCGGCUUCUUUUGACCUCCGCUACUACCCUUACUACGGCAAAAUGACUCACGUUAACUACACCUCCCCACUGGUGGCAAUGCACUUUACAGACGUGGUGAAGAACCAAGCGGUGCCUGUGCAGUGCCAACUGAAGGGCAAAGGCAUCAUAAAUGAUGUCAUCAAUGACCAUUUUGUGGGCAGGAUAAUCUUUACUCUGAACAUAGAAACUUAA